AUGACAGUGAAACCACGAGUAAAACUAGAUAAUGAUGACGACCCAGUUGAAACAAUGCUCAAGAAAGCAGGUUGUUUAGAUUUACAUUACAAAGUGCAAGAGUGUAUUAACACAACAAAGGAUUGGAGGCAAUGUCAGACGGAAGUAAAUGAUUUUAAGGAGUGUAUUACAAAACAUAAGCAAGAAGAAAUGGCUAAGACACCUAGAUAA